AUGGCAAAUCGUUCCUAUGCAUUCCUUACCUUUUGCUUCUUCUUGACCUUCAUUAGCUUCUUUGAGAAUGUUGUUUCUUCUCACGAUAUUGUCAUAGAAGGGCGUGUGUAUUGCGAUACUUGUCGUGCCGGUUUCGAAACCACUGUGACCACAUAUGUUGAAGGAGCAAAAGUGAAGUUAGAAUGUAAAAAUUUUACCACCGGCGAAGUUACUUACACAAGCGAAGCAACUACCGAUACAACCGGAACUUACCAUGUAUCGGUAGCUAAUGAUCAUCAAGAAGAAACUUGUGCGAUGCAACUCGUGGAGAGUUCUCAAAGUGAUUGUUCAGAGAUCAAUGAUGGAAGGAACAGUGCUCCUAUCGUAGUGACUCAUAAUGUCGGAAUUGCUUCUAAUGUUCGAUAUGCCAAUUCUUUGGGGUUCUUGAAGGACAAGCCACUUUCUAAUUGCGGUGAAGUUCUUAUGCAAUAUGCUCUAGGAACGGAGGAAUGA